GCUCUGAGCAGCAACAACAUUAAAUAAGUGAAGACUUUAACAGACACUCAGGCAGCCGCAGCAUCGUCCGCAGCGAGCGCACACACACUGACACAAGUCGCGUGGGCUGUCUGGACGCCGACGCCAUCUGUUCUCGCCCACGCUGGACACGCUGCAAUCAAGACUGCUUUUAAGAUUAUCUAUUUAGGAAAUUUUAACCAGAAUUACCAUAUUCUCUUCGCCCUGAAUAGACUACAUAUUGUAGUGCGUUGGCACGGAUGCUCUAUUAGGCUACUCUGCUGUCUCUUGGCUGGGGAAAAUACUCAGGAGGUACAUUUGUAUCCAUAACAAUUGUCAUCGAGAGUGGCUGACUGGUCGUCCUCUGUCAUCUUGAAGUUGUCUUAUUGAGCAUCCUACAGACUGUGAAUUGUGAUGUACUUGUGUCAUGGUCACCCUAGUUCCACAAGGUGAGGAGAGGGAUUGAGUUGGAGAGAUUUUUAACGCGGAGGGAGUUGUUGUGGAUCACGGAGACCAGGAGGAGAGAGACAACCGUCGGCGCCAAUAACACCUUCUGCAUCAGAACCGUCUCAGUUUCUUCCAUAUAUGGUACACCACUAAAACUGGACCCUUGGAUUAAUUUUACAGAAUACCUGUCAACGAGAAUAUAUCUGUUUUAAAUUCACUGUAAUAGACUUCAAUCAGGUCGAGGUGUCUCACUGCGGUUGAACCCCCUACCAAGGCUAAGGUUGUGGUUUUACCGUUUGGACCAUUUUAAUAAUAAUAUUUCCCUCUCGGAUGGAUUGUUUGACCAUCUCAGACGACCCCAAAUGUGCGAUGUCUGAGCAGUGAGAGCUCGGUGGGAUCUGCUUUGGUCGUCCUGCACAGUAGCAUGGCCCCGUCCCGACGGCACUGCGGAUGGGAGAUGACGCCUCUGUCGGUAUGCCUGCUCCUGUCCAUCUUGAUGUUUCAGCCUGCGCUAGCCAAGGUCUGCAAUGACUAUACGAGGCACGGUCAGGACAACAGCUGGUUCUCGGGGGAUAAUGAAAAGUUGCCCAUCAUGGUGCUCAUGCCGAUGAACGAGUCGGCGCUGAUGAGCAGCAUUAGUCAGGGCAUCGAGCCCGCAGUCCAACUGGCCAUACAACAUAUAAAAGAAUCACGGAAUUACAAGUUUUCACUCAUCACCAAAAUCUACGACACCGAGUGUGACAACGCCAAGGGGCUGAGGGCCUUCUUCGAUGCCAUAUGCUACGGACCCAAACACCUGAUGAUCUUUGGAGGGGUGUGUCCGUCCGUGACGUCCAUCAUUGCUGAGUCACUGGAGGGGUGGAACCUGGUGCAGCUCUCCUUUGCGGCAACAACCCCUGUUCUGGCUGACAAGAAGAAGUACCCCAACUUCUUCCGGACGGUUCCGUCGGACAACGCAGUGAACCCAGCCGUGGUCAAGUUCCUCAACUUCUACAACUGGAGCCGUGUGGGGACCCUCACACAGGAUGUCCAGAGGUUCUCAGAGGUGAGGAAUGACUUGACCAAUGAGCUGGAGAAGGCAGACAUCCAGAUUGCUGACACCGAGAGCUUCUCCAACGACCCCUGUGUCAAUGUCAAGAAGCUCAAGGAUAAUGAUGUGAGGAUCAUUAUCGGACAGUUUGAUGAGAAUCUGGCCUCCAAAGUAUUCUGCUGUGCGUACAACCUGAACAUGUAUGGUAGUAAGUACCAGUGGAUCAUACCAGGCUGGUACCAGGGGAACUGGUGGGAGCAGGCCAACUCCACCAACUGCACCACCAGGAAGCUGCUAACCGCUAUGGAGGGAUACAUUGCUGUGGACUUUGAACCGCUCAGCGCGAAACAGGUCAAGGGCAUCUCUGGAAGGACACCUAAGGAGUACGAGAGGGAGUACAGUAAAGAGCUGCAGCAGAAGGGAGUGGAGCCCUCGAAGUACCAUGGCUUCGCCUACGAUGGGAUCUGGGUGAUAGCUAAGACCCUGACCCGCGUCAUGGAUUUACUGCAGCACAAGGAGAGGCAGGACAUGUACCACAACUUCACCGUGGACGACCGGGAGGUGGGCAGGCUGGUGCUGGACGUCAUGAACGAAACCAACUUCUAUGGCGUCACGGGCCAAGUCAUGUUCAGGAACGGAGAACGGAUGGGCACCAUCAAAUUCACACAGUUUCAAGAGGGUCAGGAGGUGAAGGUCGGAGAGUACAACGCUAUUGCUGAUGUCCUGGACCUUAUUAACAACACCAUGAGGUUCCAAGGGGUGGAGCCUCCUAAGGACCGUACGUUUGUGCGUCUGCAGCGUCGCAACAUCAACGUACCCCUCUACAGCAUCCUGUCUGUUAUCACCAUCCUGGGCAUGCUCAUGGCAGGGGCCUUCCUCUUCUUCAACAUCAAGAACCGCAACCACAGACUGAUCAAGAUGUCCAGUCCCUACAUGAACAACCUCAUCAUUCUGGGAGGAAUGCUGUCCUACUCCUCCAUCUUCCUCUUUGGCCUGGAUGGCGCCUUGGUGUCCGACAAAGAGUUUGAGGCCCUGUGCACCGUGAGAACGUGGAUCCUCAUCGUAGGGUAUACGACAGCGUUCGGCGCCAUGUUCGCCAAGACCUGGAGAGUCCACGCGAUCUUCAAGAAUGUCAAGAUGAAGAAAAAGAUCAUCAAGGACCAGAAGCUACUGAUCAUCGUUGGUGGGAUGCUGCUGAUUGACUUAUGCAUCCUCAUAUGCUGGCAGAUUGUUGACCCACUGAAGAGGACCGUGGAGGAGUACAGCUUGGAGGCGGACCCCCAGGGGCAGGACAUAGCCAUCCGGCCCUUCCUGGAACACUGUGAGAACACACAUAUGACCAUUUGGCUGGGAAUUGUCUACGCUUACAAGGGCCUGCUUAUGUUGUUUGGCUGUUUCCUGGCCUGGGAGACGAGGAAUGUGAGCAUCCCGGCCCUGAAUGACAGCAAGUACAUCGGGAUGAGUGUGUACAAUGUGGGCAUCAUGUGUAUCAUCGGGGCGGCUGUAUCCUUCCUCACGCGAGACCAGCCCAAUGUGCAGUUCUGCAUCGUGGCUCUGGUCAUCAUCUUCUGCAGCACGAUCACUCUCUGUCUGGUGUUUGUGCCAAAGUUCAUCACGAUGAGGACCAAUCCGGACGCUGCUACUCAGAAUCGGAGGUUAAAGUUCAAUACGAACCAGAAGAAAGAGGACUCCAAGAUGUCCACGUCAGUGACGAGUGUGAACCAGGCCAACACGUCCAGACUGGACGGCCUGCAGACCGACAACCACCGCCUCCGCAUGAAGAUAACAGAGUUGGAUAAGGAACUGGAGGAGGUGACCAUGCAGCUGCAGGACACCCCAGAGAAGACCCCGUACAUCAAGCAGAACCACUACGGAGACGUCAACAACAUCCUCAGCAUACGCAACUUUACCGACGGCAAAGAGGGGGAGAAAUCGAUACUGAAGAAUCAUCUUGAGCAGAAGCCUCAGGCGCAGUGGGGCUCCAUGGACCCUUCCAGAAUAAACAGAGGUCCUCUGGAGGACAUCAACUCACCUGAACACAUACAGCGCAGGCUGUCGUUGCAGCUACCCAUCCUGCACCAUGCCUACCUACCCUCCAUAGGGGGGGUGGACGCCAGCUGUAGCAGCCCCAACCCCAGCCCUGGCUCCAGCCCGCGGCACAGACACAUGCCACCGUCCUACCGGGUCAUGGUCUCAGGCCUGUGAGCAUCAGUUUCCCCUGGCGCUACCAAGAAAGACAUCCGUGUAAAAAACAACAAGCAGACUGUGACUGAGGUCAUCAGCGAUAGUGGAAUAAUAUGUGUGUUGGACCAGGGAGGGGAAAGUUUUAUCCACUCUUCAUGCCUCAGUCUCUAGACCCCCUCACUAGAACCAUGGGUCGGGGAAAGGGCACAGAGGACCUUACAAACGAUGACACGAACCGCAGCUACAACCCCCCCCCCCCCCCCCCCGGCAGCAGGGGACCAGACCUGACCUGACCAGUAGCGUAUCUGCUUCAGAAGGUUUUAUGUUGUUGUUUUUUUCCUUUUGCCAUACACUUGACUAUGUGUGAACUUGUCAAAACUUGAGUAUUUCGCUACUUCAAUGCCUAGAAGGUGUUAGGUGUUACAAUAGGAACAAAGGAGUUCCAGAUCGGACUGACGUAGGAUUCAUCAAAAUUCACCGUUGUGAACAAACAUGUAAAUAUCAUACUGACUUUGACUUACCGUAAGCUUUGAUUGAGUAUGCUGUGAAUUAACAUAUGGGGGAUGGGGGGGCGGGUCUGUAUCAGCGUAAGUCCUGAAAAACUCAUAUAAUAACUUAAAAACUGGCAUCCUACAAAGCAAAAUGUAAGACAAAUUGGUUUGUGUAAUAUUACUGCAUCAUUGUAGUAUGUUAAUUAUGUUAAAUGGAUUGGCCAUUGGCAAGAAGUAAGGCACCAGCGGCCAAUUCUUUUAACUUUCACACAGCUUAUUUUCCACUUUGCUAAAUUUGCACCCUUUGUUUUUCUUAAAGAUUAUACUAUCCCGUUUCGUAGGUCUUUAAUGUGUUUCAACUACCAUAGUUUAAUUUGUCUCCAAACAAGCAUGACAUGCUACAGUACAGGUUAAUGCCAUUCUGGGCUUAGAGGGCAACAGAACCAAACAGAAUAGAUUUCCAGGAACUAAUAGUAAUGUGACUCUAUGUACAUAAACACAAACAAAUAGUCACCUACACAAACACAGAAAGAUACACACCUUUAGGUAAAGUACUCACCGUAUCCUAGUGGUGUUAGGUGUCCUGACAAGGCUUUGCCAAAGAUCAGUCUGAAGACCAGCAAGCUUCCAUUACAACGGGUUGGUCUUCGCCCCACCAGUGUAAAUGGUCCAGAAACUGUCAUGUCACUCUAUGUAGGGAGUGGGGACCACCCAACGCAGCAGCCAGAGCUCUGUUACCUCACUGUUGUGAGGCUGAAGGAGAGGCUUUGUAAUGACCAUAUGUUUCAUAAGUCAAUGAAAUAGGUGCAUGGUCAGGCAGCAUCAAAAGUGGUGCAAAACUGAGAUUAAAAACUCGGGAAGAAGUUCUGUUGACAAGAAAUAUAUGCAGAUAGUGAAGAGUGACAAGGAAGUGUGUUUGUCAGUUAGGUUCCAUUGGUAGUUUCGAAACAGUGAAAUUAAGUUUUAAGUUGUUUCAAUCAGUAAAUCUGAAUUUCAAUAACCAAAAUGGCAAGUGGAAGAUGUAUGUGAACCCUAUACAGGAGACCCCAGCACUGUCAGUCAACGAAACAAUGGCACCACAGACUGGGAGAGAAGCAUCUGUAUAUCGUGGCAGGUCUACUAUACAGUGAUGUUGUGAAAAAUCACCUGCCACUUAGCAACAGUGGAACAUAACUCAUGGUUGCUUUUAAAAUGUUUUUCUGUGUAGUCGGCCCAAAGGUAAUUUAUUGUUGUAAAAAGGGCCGUAGACAUAGCUAGCUAACGUUAUUUUAUUUGUACAACUGUUGUCACAAAAAAAACACAAAAGUGGACAAAAUCCAUGAAUAAGCUACGUAUCAUCAUUAGAAGUCUAAAUAGAUUUGUUUCAGCAUAUAUUUCACCAUUGGUGUCUUGGUUAAAAGACGUUUGUUGAGCACUGUGCCUGUAGUUGUAUCCUGUAGCCUGCAGGAGCCACAGUAUACAGCUGUUCCAGUAGGUAGUGCUGGUGGUGGGGGCUGGGCAAACUAAACUAAACAAGCAUCUGUAACCCAUCUGUAAAUUGUACAAGCUGUCAUGAUUUCUCUCAUUCAACGCUCCAACACCUGGGACAUACAGUACAGUGUGGGAUAGAUAGAUCACUUGGGGACAAUUCCACUCCAGGGAGUGGGCUGCUCUGUGAGCUGGACCUGGCAUCUGAACACUGAUGAAGUCUGUCAGCCACCGCGAAGAAGAAACCCAUUGGAGGACGAGCGAUGGGUAGGGGAGGAGCAGGUCUGUUAUUGGACACAUGUAUAUGUAACUCCUGUCUGAGCACCUCCCCCUAGCCUGGAGCCAAUUGGGGCUAAGGAAACCCUGUCCAGAGCAGCAACACAGCAGCACAGACCUUCCAUGAAGCCAAAAGGUUUCUUUCUCCUCCAUAAGUGAGACACUGGGUCUGGUUGUUCAUUCAGAAAAAAACACAUUUUAUAUAUUACAUUAUAUGUGAUUCUGUAAAGUUUGCUGAUACCCUGAUGGUGUCGAUGUACGUAUGGAAUAUUUGGUAUUUGGCUUUCUCAAGAUGGCAUGAAAUAAAAUGUAUAUUCACAUAAGAGUAACCUCUGUUUUUGCAACUGUCAUGACAAAUUCACUCUGUUGUUUCUUCUCACUCCAAGUCAGUUUUUUAGAAAAUGUUGUAUUUCUUUUUUACUUUGCUUUUAAUUCUGCAAACCUGUUGUUCCGCAGACUGAUCACAAUCUUCAAGAGUACAUCAUCAAACAGUCAAUGUCAAAGCCACAAUUCUGUGAGAAAUCCCCCCCCUAUACAAUAUAAUGUAAAUGACAUGCAGCAUUACACUUGCUGCAAGAUGCUGAGUGCCAUACAAAUGUACAACACUUAAUAGCUUUGGCUAGCUAUAUCAGAACGAACCUAUAGAACGGUCAAUAACAUAUAUAUUUUUUAAAUCCUUUCCCGGCACCUGUGUCCCUUUUUUUGUGUUAUUACAAAAUGCCAAAUGCUGGUUAUCAGGUAUUGUUACUUUGCUUUGCGAUGUGCCCUAAUUUUCUAUUAUUAAUUUUUUUAAAUUCUCAACAUCUACAAAGUUAUUCAAAUGCAAUGUUGGUAAUGAAAGGGCUCAUAAUAACUCGUAAUACACUGCUUAUUUAUGCUAAUGUUCUGUAUUCCUCAGUUCUUCUGUUUCUUUCAGUUUAAAGGUGAAAGCACAUAUACAGUACCAAUCACACAUACUCAUGAAAGGGGUUUUCUUUAUUUUUACUAUUUUCUACAUGGUAAAAUAAUAGUGGAGACAUCAAAACUAUGAAAUAGCACAUAUGGAAUCAUGUAGUAACCAAAAAAGUGUUAAACAAAUGAAAAUAUAUUUUAGAUCUUAGAUUCUUCAAUGUAGCCACCCUUUGCCUUGAUGACAGCUUUGCACAAUCUUGGCAUUCUCUCAACCAGCUUCAUCUGGAAUGCUUUUCCAACAGUCUUGAAGGAGUUCCGACAUAUGCUGAGCACUUGUUGGCCACCUCAAUUGGGGUGAGGUCGGGUGAUUGUGUAGGCCAGGUCAUCUGAUGCAGCACUCCAUCACUCUCCUCCUUGGUCAAAUAGCCCUUACACAGCCUGGAGAUGUGUUGGGUCAUUGUCCUGUUGAAAAACAAAUGAUAGUCCAACAACGCAAACCAGGUUGGAUGGCGUAUCGCUGCAGAAUGCUGUGGCAGCCAUGCUAGUUAAGUGUGCCUUGAAUUCUAAAUAAAUCACUGACAGUGUCAUCAGCAAAGCACCCCCACACCAUCACACCUCCUCCUACAUGGUUCACGGAGGAAACCACACAUGCAGAGACCAUCCGUUCACCUACUCUGUGUCUCACAAAGGCACUGUGGUUGGAACCAAAAAUCUGAAAUUGGGAUUCAUCAGACCAAAGUACAGAUUUCCACAGGUCUAAUGUCCAUUCAUCGUGUUUCUUGGCUUAAGCAAGUCUCUUCUUCUUAUUGGUGUCCUUUAGUAGUGGUUUCUUUACAGCAAUUCAACCAUGAAAGCCUGAUUCACACAAUUGAGGUGUGUCUGUUACUUGAACUCUGUGAAGCAUUUAUUUGGGCUGAAAUUUCUGAGGCUGGUAACUCGAACUUAUCCUCUGCAGCAGACGUAACUCUGGGUCUUCCUUUCUGUGGCGGUCUUCAUGAGAGCCAGUUUCAUCCCAGCACUUGAUGGUUUUUGCGAAUGCACUUUCAAAGUUCUUGAAAUGUUCCAGAUUGACUGACCUUCAUGUCAUAAAGUAAUGAUGGACUGUCAUUUCUCGUUGCUUAUUUAAGCUGUUUUUGCCAUAAUAUGGACUUGGUCUUUUACCAAAUAGGGCUAUCUUCUGCAUACCACGACCUUCCUUUUCAAGGCACACCUGUUAAUUUAAAUGCAUUCCAGUUGACUACCUCAUGAAACUGGUUGAGAGAAUGCCAAGAGUGUGCAAAGCUGUCAUCAAGGCAAAGGGUGGCUACUUUGAAAAAUCUCAAAUCUCAAAUAUUAUAUUUUUGGGUUACCUCAUGAUUCCAUAUGUGUUAUUUCAUAGUUUGAAUGUUUUCACUAUUAUACUACAAUGUAGAAAAUAGUAAAAAUAAAGAAAAGCCCUUGAAAUGAGUAGGUGUGUCCCAACUUUUGACUGGUACUAUAUAUAUAUAUUCAUAUAUUUGUAUAUAUUGUCAUUAGGGUUUCUGGAAAAUCUAUAUGUCCCAAAAUAUAAGAAUAUGAUAAAUAUAUAUAAAAUGAUUCAUUCUGUGACUGUUUUUGUCAAUUUCAUAUGUGGUAUACCAUACAAACAUUCUAGAAUUUAAGUUCAAUAAAAGAUAUUAACCUUAUUUUAAAUGCUAAAUAUAUGUAUGAGAGGGGCAAUAACUUGUUUUCUUAUUCCAGAAAGAUAGAGAACUAUAUAUACAAAUCUUUAUGUUCAGAAAAAAUCUUGACGUUCACAACACCCACGAUGAUACUUGGAACUCAAUGGAAACCUUUUUAUUUACAGUAUCUGUAACUAUGUUAUGUACAGUUGAGAUAGAUAUGAAAACUUGUAUAAAAUAAGUAUUACACUGGAACACAAGAACAUUUUGGAACCAUCGGUUGUUAUCGGGGGUUUUGAACAGCCUUCUUCUUUAAUAGUCUGAAUGUUAUGGACAGCCUUUACUUUUCACAUCAUCGUUAAAUAAAGUGAGACUGAAAAUAAAUCCAUAAAAUGUUUGUUUUGAUCUAUUAAAAAUGGAAAAUAGGUUCAAGAACUUCAGAGAUUGUGUCAUUGUGCCCAUAUUCAAAGACCUAUUGAUGUACUGUUGUCUAAACUUAGGCUACUGCUCUUUACAUUUAGCUUUUCAAGAACAUGGAAGUGAAGUAAUGCACAGUGUAUGUUUUUGUUAUUUGGGAUUUAGAGCUUAGUUAUCUUCAUUUUAACAGCAAUUAAAACAACUGUUUUUUUUAUGUUUUAUGCAUAGCCGCACGAAGUAGGGGUGCUGAGGAUGCUGCAGCACCCCCUGAAAAAUCAGAAUGAGGUAUGAGGUUGAAGUUGGAAUAAUACUGUGAAAUGUAUGUUAAUGUCCUUUUAGUAUAAGAGAUGUUUGAAAAGACCGCCUGAAAUGUCAGCCUGUUUUGGUGGGAUGGAGUUGAGGCAGUAAAUUUGAUAAUAGACCAAAAAGAAAAAGAUCCAAACCUCUCUGCCAGCUAGUUUUCAGUUAUUCCAUACCCAUUCAGACCACUCACAGACAGUCCAAGCAAAAUUCUUGCUUGAGAAAUUGCUCUUUGCUAAGAAGCUAUUUUUGUUUAAUUUUUUAACCAUUUUAAUUGUAAGGUGGUUCAUUGUUAACCAGAAAUGAUUUCAUAUUGAGAUAAAAGUCUGCAUUGAACCUUUAAGAAUUCAUGAGCUACUUUGUUUCUUCACAUCAGAACCCUUCUAGGAGGAGUCCAAAUUAAUGCAUGACCACAAAGAAUGGAGUGCAAUUAUUUACAGAUCUUCCUGAACACUUCCGGAGGUAGUCCGGGACGAAUUGAUUGGUUGGAUGAAUGGUCAGUGGGCAGAGCUUAGUGGCAGGUUAGUGGAAGGAGUUUACAGGUGGGAGUCAAAUAAAUCAAAUGCUUGCAGGGAGCCACGGGUUAUGACACAGUGUGUCAAUUUAUUAAGAGGUAAAUGGAAGACAGUCCUUGAAAGCCUCCUUUUGGCGAGGAAGCACAAGUGUAUCCUACCGAAGUCCUUCGCGGAAGAGUUUUGAAAUCUGCCACAUCCCCAUUGAAUCAGCUAUUGUUUUCUCGAAGGACAAAAGCAUGCAAACAUUUAAAAAUGAUAUGCUACUAAUCCUUUUAUCUAUAAAAUAUAUUGCACAACCAGCUAAAUUUGUUUUAGGAGGGAGGAGAGAGGACACAGGAGCUGAGCAAACCUAAUUGAGAAAAGGCCAAGGUUGCCAGUUCGAAUCCUGAUACAGCUUUUUUUGCCCAACUUUACCCAACAUACUUAACUGAUAUUUCUAAUCUUCUGACAUUCUGAAUGACUAAUUUACUGAACAGCUUUAUAAAUGUGAAAAAAAACUAGUUUGGUGCCCUCCCCUUUGCUGACGUAGUGGACUAGGCACUGGGAUAGGAACCAGAAGGUCACAGGUGCCAAUCUUGCCAAUGCCCUUUCUCAAAAAAGGUAUAUUUACAUUUCUGGAGUUCGAUGUCAGACCAGUCAUUCUUGCUUUAAAUUGCGAGUCUAGAUAAACUAUUUUAACAUUUUAAUACACAGGGCAAUAAAUAUAAAACACCAUGUAAAAGAACACGCUGUUAUUUUAGAUUCUGAAAUCAAUUUCAAAUGACACAUUAGGAAUGUGACCAAAAUAGCUUUUACCAUGAGGAACAUUGUCAAUAUUCUGCCGUUUCUCUCUCAGGCUGAUACAGAGAGACUCAUCCAUGCUUUUAUUACAAGCAGUCUUGACUACUGUAAUGCUCUCCUGUAUGGUCUACCCAAGAAAGCCAUUGGUCAACUGAAAAACAUACAGAAUGCUGCAGCACGGGUACUGACCAAGACCAGACAGAGAGCACACAUUACACCGGUUUUACGGUUUCUGACCUGGCUGCCUGUGAGUUGUAGAAUUUUCAGAUUAUUCUAUUGGUUUUUAAAUCAAUCCACGAUUGUGCACCCCAAUACAUGUCAGAUAUGCUUUUAAGUUAUGUACCCAGUAGGUCCCUCAGGUCCUCUGGCACUGACCUUUUAACAAUCCCAAAGCCUAGGGCCAAGAGGCAUGGAGAGGCAGUCUUUAAUUACUAUGACCCCAGCCUUUGGAAUAGUCUGCCAAAGAACCUGAGGGUAAACAGAUCUUAAAACACCUUUUUAGCUUUGAUUUUCCCUAGUGUGCUUUUUAGCUUUGAUUUUCCCUAGUGUGCUUUUUAGCUGUUCAGUUUUUAUUGUUAUUAUUUUGUUUUUUUAUCCUCUUAUGUUUGUUGUGUAGUUAAAAUUGUCAUUGUUUAUAUACGUUUUUUUCCUGUAAAGCACAUUGUGUUGCAUUCCAUGUCUGAAAUGUGCUGUAUAAAUAAAGCUUGAUUUGAU